AUGAGGCCAUUCCACUCUCUCAUCGAGAGCUCUGCGUUUACUCUGUUCAAGGUUUUAGAAAUCCAUUGUCGGGCAAUCAAAUCAGGUGCCAUCGCUGACAUCUACACCGCGAACAAUAUUCUAAGUUUGUAUGCGAAAUCCAGAGAGUUAUGUUUUGCCCGCACGUUGUUCGUGGAAAUGCCCCGCAGAGACACUGUUUCUUGGAAUACAAUGAUCGCUGGGUAUGUACGUUGUGGGAAUUUCGAGACUGCGUUCGAGAUUCUAAGAACCAUGAAGAUAUGUGGCUUUGAUUUUGAUGGGUAUACAUUUGGAAGCAUACUCAAGGGGGUUGCUUCUGCUUAUCGGCUUGAUAUUGGGGAGCAAGUGCAUUCGAUGAUAGUCAAGAUGGGCUAUGCUGCAAAUGUUUAUUCAGGUAGUGCACUUUUGGACAUGUAUGCGAAGUGCGGGAGAGUUGAGGAUGCAUAUGUGGUGUUUCAGUGCAUACCGGAGCGUAACUCAGUUUCAUGGAAUGCGCUGAUAGCUGGUUAUGUGCUGGUGGGUGAUCCUGGGACUGCAUUUUGGCUGUUAGAUUGCAUGGAGCGGGAGCAUGUGGAACUUGAAGAUGGCACAUUUGCUCCGCUUUUGACAUUGCUCGAUAAUACUGAGUUUUACAUGUUAGCAAUGCAGAUUCAUGGUAAAAUCAUAAAACACAGGUGGGCAUUUGACAAUACUGUAUGCAAUGCCUUAAUCACUUCAUAUUCUGAAUGUGGGUCCAUUGAAGAUGCCAAAAGAGUAUUUGAUGGUGCUGUUGGCAACCGGGAUUUGGUGACAUGGAAUUCCAUGCUCUCUUCUUACCUUGUACACAAUAAAGAAGAACUUGCAUUUAAACUCUUCAUAGAUAUGCAAUGGCUUGGGUUUGAUCCAGACAUCUAUACUUACACUAGUGUCAUUAGUGCUUGUGUUGAUGGAGCACAUAAACGCCAUGGGAAAUCCUUGCAUGGAUUGGUAAUAAAAAGGGGACUGGAACAAUCAGUACCGAUAUCUAAUGCAUUAAUAGCCAUGUAUCUCAAAUCAAAUAACAGAUCCAUGGAAGAAGCAUUGCUCAUUUUUCAAGCCAUGGAGUCCAAGGACCGUGUUUCUUGGAAUUCUAUUUUGACUGGACUUUCGCAAAUUGGCUUGAGUGAAGAUGCCUUGAAAUUCUUUGGACACAUGAGAUCUGUGGUAGAAGACAUUGAUCACUAUACCUUUUCAGCUGUUCUUAGAUCUUGCUCAGAUAUAGCAACCCUCCAAUUGGGUCAACAGGUUCAUGUCUUGGCACUUAAGUCAGGAUUCGAGUCCAAUGAGUUUGUUGCAAGCUCAUUGAUCUUCAUGUAUUCCAAGUGUGGGGUCAUUGAAGAUGCUAGGAAAUCCUUUGAGGGCACUCCCAAAGACAGCUCAAUCACUUGGAAUUCGAUCAUUUUUGGGUAUGCACAACAUGGGCAGGGAAAUGUUGCACUUGACCUCUUCUACCUAAUGAAAGAGAGUAGGGUGAAACCUGAUCAUAUAACAUUUGUUGCAAUCCUAAGUGCAUGUAGCCAUAUUGGCUUGCUAGAGGAAGGAUGCAGGUUUCUGAAAUCUAUGGAAUCAGAAUAUGGGAUUCCACCGAGAAUGGAGCAUUAUGCCUGUGGGGUUGAUCUAUAUGGGCGUGCUGGGUGUCUCAGUGAGGCAAAAGCUUUGAUUGAGGCAAUGCCUUUUGAACCUGAUGCAAUGGUAUGGAAGACUUUACUUGGGGCCUGUAGGAUUUGUGGUGACAUUGAAUUAGCUACUCAGGUAGCAAGCCUUUUGCUACAGAUAGAGCCUGAAGAGCACUGCACUUAUGUUCUUCUCUCGAAUAUGUAUGGGCGUCUUAGGCGGUGGGAUGCAAAGGCUAGCAUGACUAGGCUUAUGAGAGAAAAUGGGGUGAAAAAAGUCCCUGGUUGGAGUUGGAUAGAAGUUCACAAUAAGGUGCAUGCUUUUAAUGCAGAAGAUCAUUCCCACUCCCAUUGUGAAGAGAUAUACCUUGCAUUGGGUGGACUAAUGGAAGAAAUCAAGAGCUUGGGUUUUGUUACUAGUUCAAAGGUUUUGAUGCAUGAUGUUGAUCAGGUGGAUGAGUGUAUUGAUUGA